GUUUUUUGUCAACUUCCCAUCGGCCAAGCAGUACUUCAGCCAGUUCAAGCACAUGGAAGACCCGCUGGAGAUGGAGAGGAGCUUGCAACUGCGGAAGCACGCUCGGCGGGUCAUGGGUGCCAUUAACACUGUGGUGGAGAACCUCAACGACUCCGAAAAGGUCUCCUCUGUUCUGGCCUUGGUUGGCAAGGCCCAUGCCCUCAAGUACAAAGUGGAGCCCAUCUACUUUAAGAAACUCACUGGUGUCAUGCUGGAGGUCAUUGCUGAAGAAUACGCCAACGACUUCACCCCGGAGGCGCACGGCGCCUGGACCAAGAUGAGGACCCUCAUCUACACCCACGUGACGGCGGCGUACAAGGAGGUGGGCUGGGCGCAGUACCCCACCGCCACCCUGUGA